CUCAAAAAUGAUUGUUUUUCUUUUUUUUACAUGUUCGAAAUAUUUUACAUUGCGGAACAAUUGGCCGACGACGUUUUUUCGUUUUCUGCAGCUCAAUGUAUGGACAAAUUCAGUAAACUUCUAGGGCAAUACCGCUCUCGUUUGGACUUCAAGGGGAAAAACCUCGACCCAUGGGUACAUCAUGCUACUUUGCAACGGAUUGAAGGAAGCAAAGCUGAAAACAGCAGUGCUUUCGUCCGGGAAACUGGGACAAAACGAAAAGAAGAGGCUGAUUAUCCAACCUCUGAUUUAGAUGAAGAAGACGAGUGCAGGUUAUCGAACUCAAAAAGACGGAAAACGCAGGUUCCAAAGAAAAAUGCUGAUUUUUUUAAAGAACUUAUUGAGAGGGAGAAGGAAGAAGCUGAAGAAAGAAGAAAUAGGUAUGAAGAACAAAAGAUAAAAGAUGAUGCUGUUGCAGAACAUAUGAAGACAAUUGCUGAACAAAGUUCAAAGAGAACUGAGCUUCAAAAGUCCUCAACCGAAGCCUUGCGCUUACUUUCCGCUGCCCUUGUUCAGCACUUGACUCAACAGAAACCUGCUUAAUUUUUCAAUAUGAAUCAUUUUUAUUUAAUUCCAUGUCAUGCUGCCAACAGAAAUCAAAGUAUAGGAAAUCCUGCAGUACAAACCUUUUCUGUCACCCUUUUCAAUCAAGAGACCAUCAGUUAAUUUACUUUAUUUCUUUCAUUUGGCAUUGUGAUAUCGUAAGAGUCAAAUACACUCUUUGUUCAUUUAUUCAGACAGGCACGAAAUAACCUGCAAGUUCAUCUCUUCUAAUUUCAGCUUCAUUUUCCAAUUCAAAACCUAUAUAAUCAUCAUCUUCUAUAUCUUCAUCCUCCAGUGGGUGGUCCCUUAGAAAUUCGGUCAUGUUUACUGGCUCGAAAAAUGAUUCAUCAAGUACAAAGUUGUGUAAACAGCAG